AGCCUUAAUCUCUGAGAGCAAUACAUUAGCAAUUUGGCACUGACCCUCACCCGUGGAAGUCCAAAUCCCAGCUCCUUCCCACCGGAAACAGUCGAGUUGUGGUGGCAACUGCUUCACUGGUGAGAGCCAGCCAACACUAAGCAAAGCUCAAGCUGUGGGUCUUUGUCUCCAUCUCCUACCCGUCUUAUAAAUAGAAAGGAGAAAAAAAAUGGCGAAGAAAGCUUCAAAGUCGAAAAAUGAUCGUUCGUCUUCAACCUCCGUUACUUCCGCUAAGAACCCAUCAACAGCCUCCAAUCAUCAAAUGGCGUUAAGGGUAAAAUCAAGUGAGAAAAUGAAGAAGACAGCUGAAGAGAGUGUUGUUAGCGAGAGAGAAAAGAGACCCAAGUCGAAGUCAAGACCCAAAUCGAAGCUGAAGAAGAAAACAAAAAUCGAUGCUAAAAUGCCUAAGAAACCCCCCACUGCUUUCUUUUACUUCUUGGAGGAUUUUCGUAAGGAUUUUCAAGAGCAGAAUCCGGAUAUCAAGUCAAUGCGCGAUAUUGGGAAGGCAUGUGGUGAGAAGUGGAAGACAAUGACAUACGAGGAGAAAGUUAAAUAUUACGAUAUCGCAACCGGGAAACGAGCAGAGUUUGACAGAGCCAUGGCGGAAUACAUUAAAAGAAAGGAAAGUGGCGAAGAUGAAGAAACCGAAGAUGAUUCGGAGUUUGAUGAAUAAAUAUAUAUAAACCUUAGGCGUUGUUGUACCAGGAAAUGCAUAGAUGUAGUGGUUUAAUUAUGACUUAUAUGAGUAGCAUGUUAAUGUAGGCAAAUAUGUUCAUCCCUGUAUCAUUUUUGUGUAAAUCACUGCUUGGAGAUUGUUCUUACAUAUAUAUUAUUGUCAAGCAGACUUGAAUGUUAAUCUGACUAUUUAUCAAGUAAAUAUUCAUGAAA